CCAGUAGUCCAGUAUAAGACGGACCCUUUUGAGCUUCCCCAACUCCCUCCAAAGCCAACCAAAUCCCGUGCUCUUGCACUCUGUUUCACACACCUUCUUGGUCCAGUGCAAUGGCCAGGAACGGUGAUGCUCAUGUGUUUGCUGCAUUCCUUUGUCUCCUGUCACUCGCAGCAACGGUGAAGCUGGCCUCUGGCCAUGACUACGGCAUGGCAUUGAGGAAGAGCAUCCUCUACUUUGAAGCGCAAAGAUCCGGCAUGCUCCCUGCAGACCAGAAGGUCACCUGGAGAGCCAGCUCUGGCCUCUUUGACGGGAAGGCCAAUGGAGUGGAUCUUGUGGGAGGGUACUACGAUGCAGGGGACAACGUCAAGUUCGGGCUGCCCAUGGCGUUCACGGUGACCAUGAUGUCCUGGAGCAUCCUGGAGUACGUCGAGCAGAUGGCGGCCGCCGGGGAGCUCCAGAACGCCAUGGACGCCGUCAAGUGGGGCACGGACUACUUCAUCAAGGCGCACCCGGAGCCCGACGUGCUGUACGGGGAGGUCGGCGACGGCGACACGGACCACAGCUGCUGGCAGCGGCCGGAGGACAUGACGACGAGCCGCCAGGCGUUCCGCGUUGAUCCCCAGAACCCCGGGUCGGACCUGGCCGGAGAGACAGCCGCGGCCAUGGCUGCCGCGUCAAUGAUCUUCCGCACCACCUAUCCGGGCUAUGCCAACCUGCUCCUCGAGCAUUCUAAGCAGUUGUUUGAAUUCGCGGACAAGUACAGGGGAAAGUACGAUGCAAGCAUCCCCGUCGCGCGGAACUACUACGGGUCAUUCAGCGGAUACGGCGACGAGCUGCUGUGGGCGGCGGCGUGGCUGUUCGAGGCGACGGAGGAGCGGUCCUACCUGGAGUACCUGGCCAGCAACGGCGACGCGCUGGGCGGCACGGGCUGGUCAAUCAACCAGUUCGGGUGGGACGUCAAGUACCCCGGCGUGCAAGUCCUGGCGGCCAAGUUCCUUCUCCAGGAACGAGCCGGGGAGCACGCCGACGCGCUGCAGAGGUACACGCAGAACGCCGAGUUCUUCGUGUGCUCCUGCGUCGGGAAGGGCGCCGUCAACGUGCCCAGAACCCCCGGCGGCGUCAUGUACCACCAGCGCUGGAACAACCUCCAGUUCGUCACCAGUGCUUCCUUCUUGCUCACGGUCUACGCCGACUACACCACGGUGGCCGGCCGGGGCGCCGUCCGCUGCCCCGCCGGCGCGGUGCAACCUUACGAGAUCCUCACAUUCGUCAAGUCCCAGGUGAAUUACAUCCUGGGGGACAACCCGAGGGGGACGAGCUACAUGGUCGGGUACGGGUUGAGCUACCCGCGGCAGGUGCACCACCGGGGCGCGUCCAUCGUGUCCGUGAAGAGGGACCCGUCGUUCGUGAGCUGCCAGGAGGGCUACUCCAGCUGGUACGGCAGCCAGGCCAGCAACCCCAACGUCCUGGAAGGCGCCAUCGUGGGCGGGCCCGACGAGUACGACGACUUCGCCGACGAGAGGAACAACUACGAGCAGACGGAGGCCGCCACCUACAACAGCGCGCCGCUGCUCGGCGUCCUCGCCCGCCUCGCCGGCGCCUGCGGCGGCCUCGAAGAGGACUCACAGUCACUCCCGGAGGUCAGGGAGGUGUCUCCUUCACCUGCCAACCACACGUUACGCCGGGCGUACCAUCGACAACGUCACGCUUCUUCCGAGCACCUUGAGAUUGCGCAGAAUGUGACGAGGACGUGGGCGACGAGGCGCAGGACCUACUACAGGUACUCGGUCACGGUGACCAACAGGUCCCGGAAGACGGUGCGGGGGCUGCACCUCGGCAUCUCGGAGCUCAGCGGCCGGCUGUGGGGGCUCGAGAAGGCGAGGUACGGGUACGUUCCCCAGAAGUGGCUGCAGGCAGCACUGCGGCCGGGGAGGAGCGUCAGGUUCGGGUAUAUGCAGCCGGGACCCCCGGCAAAUGUGUGGGUCACUGGAUACAAGCUGUUCUGAAGACUCAACGACGAGGACUCACUCCCGGCCGGAGGUGCUAGGAUAAUCUUAGAUUUUGGUGCGAUAUUGGCAUGGGAUGGGAGGAAGAAGUGAUGAGAUUAACUAUGUUCUGGUGCUCAUCCUCUGCCUCCCGACCUAGGGUGUUUGGUUUAGGCCAGAGAAGUUUGGACUUUGGAGAUGGAGAUGUAUUUGUUCUCCUACUUAGUCCUUAACCUUUCAAGUAGCAAAUGUGUGUUUUUAUUUCCUAAACGGAAGUAUCCAAUGUAUGUUGUGCCAGUUCUGAAUUGAAAUGGCAAGACUGGUAGUACCAGCUCCUCCUC